AUGUGGAUUUCGGGUUUGGAAAACCCGAGAGCGUGCGGAGCGGGUCGAAUAACCGGUUCGACGGGAUGGUGUUUUUGUAUCGGGGGAAGGAAGGUGGGUUUGAUGUGGAGAUUAGCUUGGAGAGUGGGGCUGAAACCCUUUAUAGGUAAUUACUUGAAGUAA